CGUAGCUCCGCCCCUCUGUUGUGGUGACGUCACACGGCAGUAGGCGGAAGUAUCAAAGUAAUUUCAAAGCAGCUGCGGAGACCUUGAAUUUUUUUUUUUUUUUGUCUUUUAUUUCACGGUUUCUUUUGUGAAUCAAUUAUUUCCUCACGGUGCCAUGUUUCAAAGUGCAGCUGGCGUACCACACUGUUAUGCAAUACGUCACCAGGCUCUCGACAGCCGAGCGAUGGAAGGUCACCAUCAGCUGCCUCUCCAGUUUGUUCUUCCUCAGCACCCUCAGAAAGUGGACUUUCCGCUGGGAGGCUUGUCUUCCUUAGACUUAGACUUCCUUUUAUUGUCAUUCAAAUUUGAACUUUACAGUACAGAUAAGAACUACAUUUUGUUACAUUUGCUUGUUGUAGUGCAGGAUAAAAAUACGGAGCCCCUAAAGGGACAUGGAUGUUUUGCAGGAUCUCGCAAAACUUUUUUCCUUUAGGUUUUUUUCCUAUGUCAGUGAACAGGAAGUGAAACAGACAGAGCGAUGGAGGAGCGGGAGCAUGCGGCAGCCUACCCAUCAUCUGUGCUCUAUUGUGGGACCAUAAUACGAUUUGAUGUCUUUAUAUGUUAGGCCAAUACUAAAAUAGAAAUCAAUAAACUUUUCCCACGGAUGAUGGGUAGGCUCCUCCAUCGCUUUGUCUGUUUCACUUCCAGUUCACCAUCGCUGUGUCUGUUUUACUUCCGGUUCACCAUCGCUGUGUCUGUUUUACUUACGGUUCACUGACAUAGGAAAAACAGCUUUUGCGAGAUAUCGCAAAAAGCAUUGCGAGAUCGCGCAAAACAUUUUUUCCCCUCCAUGUCCCUUUAGGGCAGGGGUCUCAAACUCAAUUCACCUGGGGGCCACUGGAUGCAGAGUCUGGGUGAGGCUGGGCCGCAAGAAAAGAUUUCUUUAAAAAAUGUUGCAUACUCGUUAGCAUGUCUAGUUGUAUAAUGAUGACAUUUCAGAUUGUAUUCCUUGUGCACCGCAACUUUCUCUGUGCAAAUAAGACACGUUGGGGUGCCCCUGUGCUUAACAAAGAAAUAUUGCAUCCCCAAAUUUUCCUGGAAUUGUCUUUGCUCAUCACUAAACUUUUCUCUUCACUGCAGGCUUUGAAAAAGACAUGUUUGGGGUUGUGGAGUAUAUUUUAAAGUAGCUGAUUCGCGGAGAACGAUGUUAUUUCCGCAAUGUUUGUCGUUCUGCUUUUCCUCCCUACAGCAACAGGGCGGUCAGCGAAUAAUAGCCGGGAAAGUACCGGGAUAGCAAGCGCAAAAAAGUGACGGCUCCCGGCGUCAUAUAGAAAUGUAUGUAGUGUUCAUCGUGUGAGGCAAUGCAAAUUAAGCAAUAAAAAAAGCAAAUAACGGUUUGAAUUGGUCCAGGUUAUUGGGGACUGUAAUUACUGACGGACAGGUAUCAUGGUGUGACUGCAGCCAGGCAUGUAAGAAAACCCUCGUCUCCAUGGCAACGUUUCUGUCACUUUCAUUCAUUUGCCGCUUUUCCACCAAUGCAGCGGUAGGCAACCCAGAACGUUGAAAGAGCCAUUUUGGACCCAAAUAACACAACACUGUCAAGCGGCAUUCAUAUAAAACUUGCGGGCCGCACUAACAUUAAACUUUCAUAUCAAGGUGAGGGCCGCAAAAUGACGUCACGCGGGCCGCAUGUCUGAGACCCCUGCUUUAGGCGCUCCGUAUAAAAGAGCAAUAAGGUGCAGAUGUAAAUACAUAAAUUACUGUACAGAUAAAUAUAUUGCACUUUUAUACGGGGACGGGGGUAUUAGGAUGACAGGGGAUGCAAAACAUUAACAGUGCAAUACGUUUUCGUAACAUGGUCACUACCGCCUACUUUGUCUUGUUAUAUUCUUAUUUUACUGUUAUAUUGUUAUUCCCAUUGUUUUUAUUCUUUUUGUCAUAUUUCUCUAUUUUGUUUCCUUUUAAACCCCCAUUAUUUACUUUUUACUUUUUUUUAAAUUGAUCUCAGCUCUGUACACUGCUGCUGGAAUUUUAAUUUUCCUGAAGGAACUCUCCUGAAGGAAUCAAUAAAGUACUAUCUAUCUAUCUAUCUAUCUAUCUAUCUAUCCAUCUAUCUAUCUAUCUAUCUAUCUAUCUAUACAUGCUCAGUGACUGCCUCACUGAAAUCAAAUCAUGGAUGCACUCCAACUUCCUCAAACUCAACUGUAUCAAAUCUGACAUGCUCAUGAUUGGCCCCAAAUCCCUCACCAAAACUGCUCACAACUUCCAACUCUCUGUCGAGAACUCCACUCUGUCCCCAUCCACUUACAUCCGCAACCUCGGAGUCAUUCUGGACAAUAACCUCCCCUUUGAAAACCAUGUCAACCACAUUACAAGAACUGCUUUCUUCCACCUUAAAAAUACUGCCCGUCUCCGUCCAUCCCUCUCCUUCUCUGCCCCUGAAACCCUUAUCCAUGCCUUUAUCACCUCCGGACUUGACUAUUGUAACAGCAUCCUCUACGGCUCGUCUUGCAAAAUUCUCAAUAAACUCCAAUACAUUCAAAACUCUGCCGCCCGCCUGCUCACCCACACCACUUCCCGUGAGCACAUCACCCCAGUCCUUCAGAAACUCCACUGGCUCCCCGUUCCACACCGGAUCCACUUUAAAAUCCUCCUCCUCACCCACAAAUCCCUCCACAACCAGGCCCCUUGCUACCUCACCAACCUGCUUCACCGCCAUACCCCUUCACGCAGCCUCCGCUCCUCUGAUGCCAACCUCCUCUCCCCACCACUCAGAACCAAGCUCCGGACCUGGGGUGAUAGAGCCUUCUCCAUCGCUGCUCCCACCUCCAGGAACGAUCUUCCCAAACCCAUCCGUGACUGUUCAGACCUUCCCACUUUCAAAAGCCUUCUCAAAACACACCUAUAAGGAUUUGCUUUUAACCAGUGAUUAGUGUUCUGUGUUCUUUAAUGUCCUGUGUGUUGUAAAUGUCCAGUAUUAUAAUGUAUUUUACAGUGUACUGCUUUUAUAUAUCCUGUAUUUUAUAUUAUUAAUUUGAACUGUUUUAUAUUUUAUUUUUUUAUCCUGUAAAGCGUCUUUGAGUACCCUGGAAAGCGCUAUACCAAAUAGAAAGUUUUACUAUCAUUAUUAUUAUGCAUCCACGUUUAUGGAUGUAUGUUAUAUUGUCUUCAUAUUUCAGCGAGUUAAUCUGUUUUUGGGGGGGAAUUGUGGGGAUUAUUCUACUGCAUUCAAGAGUCUUAUGGCCUGAGGGAAGAAGCUGUAACAGAACCUGGAGGUUCUGCUGCGGAGGCUGCGGAACAUCUUUCUAAAGUCCAGCAGUGAAAACAGUCCUUGGUGGGGGUGGGAGGAAUUUCUGCAGAUUUUCUGAGCCCUGGUCAGGCAGCGGCUUUUUUUCGAUUUCCUGGAUUGGAGGAAGAGUAGUCCUGAUGACCUUUUCCGCCAUCCUCAGCACUCUCUGCAGAGACUUCCAGUCUGAGGCACUGCAGGCUCCAGCCCAGACAGAGAUGCAGUUGGUCAGUAGGCUCUCAAUAGUGCCUCUGAAGAAUGUAGUGAGAAUGGGGGUAGGGAGCUGUGCUCUUUUCAUCCGACGCAAAAAAGUGCAUGCGUUGCUGAGCUCUUUUUACAAGAGCUCCGGUGUGUAGGGACCAGGUCAUAUCGUCAGUUAUCUGCACCCUCAGGAACUCGGUGCUGCUUAAGAUCUCCACCGCUGUGCCGUUGAUGAAGAGUGGAGUGUGGCUGGACUGGUGCCUCCUGAAGUCGACGAUGAUCUUCUUGGUCUUGUCAACGUUCAGGACCAAGUUGUUGGUUCUGCACCAAUCAACCAGAUGUUUCACCUCGUCCCUGUAGUCCAUGUUGUUGUUGAUGAUGGAUGAAGGUAAUAAACCACUCUGUGAAGACUCUUUAA